AUGAACUCAACCUUUAUCCCCCGAUCAGAGGAGAUCGGCAACUCCGAUGCGGCCGAGGACCUCUACGGCCUUGGAGUACGACUCGGGUUCUACCUUCAAGCCCUAGCCAUGAUCCUCUACAUGUUCGGCGAUCGCAAAACCUACGGAACAGGGCUAAAGAUAGCCUCUGGAAGCAUUACUGUAUCCAUCUUAGCCUCGUGGUUCAGCUACGCAGCUCAAGCCCAAUUCAGUCCAAGCGAAGCAAUCAUCGUCUUAUUUUAUCUCACGAGCCUGUCGCUCCCCGCUAAAUAUACCCUUAUCAACCCGCGUACUAUCAAAGGCGAAUCAAUCGGCGUUUUUACUCUCAUUCUCACCGAAUUAGCUACUUGCGCCGCCCUCUUAUGGACUUUUGCGACGCUUGUGGACACGCUGCCGCGAUUAGAAACCCCUAAUCUGGGUUUCUUCUUUGCGCCCGUGUCUCUUACGGGAUGGUUCCGAUACCUUGCCCUUGCCUAUUUUGUCAUCGAUGCGACAACCUCGCUGAUCAGCGUGAGUAAGAUGUUCCAAGUAUUGCAUAUUGCCUGGAAACCCGAUGGUAGCAGCGAAAGUGAAUCGUUAAGCUCGGACAAGGAAGAGCAAAUUAAGGAGCUCAUUAUGUGGAAGGGAUGGUUGAUAUACGUUGCGGGACUCUACUGGGUUUUCUCAAUUGUGGCUAUUGAAACGACCUUGGUUUGGAAUCACUUGACUCCCUUGAACGACCUUGGAUCACCCGGUCAAUUAAUCCCAUUUGUGACGGGGGUCAUUCUGCUGCUGGAUAGCAUAGCUGUCGUGGCAAGGGAGCAUUUUAUACGAUAUCUGGAGAUGGCGAACCCCAUCUGUGAUUAUUGGUUAUUUGUUUUAUGGCUCCUUGGUCAGGGCUAUCGCAUCCAACUCCGUUAUAAGUUGUCUUUUCUACGCAAGCUCCCUUACCCGCGAGAUGAGGAGAGCGGUGUAUGGUUGAGGAAUAAGAGCGAAAGCAGGAGCAGCUGCUAG